CUUUAGCAAGCAUUUGCUGAGCUCCAGCUGUGUGAGUCAUAUGAGUUAGAAGAAGCACCCUGAAGAUACUUUGGCUUUAUUCAGCAGACAAGGCUGGGCUUUAGUUGAAGAUUCUUGUUUGAUUUCAACUUGUUUGAUUGAAGCUGAGUUUGGUUAGUUGGGGCUAAAAAGACAGAGCUACUAUGGCUGAAGUAAACCCACAGCCGCCCGCCCAGGGCUCCUCCAAUACGUUCGACCAGGUCCAGAGUCAGGUCAACGAAGUUAAAGUUAUACUGAAAGACAACAUCAACAAAGUGCUGGAGAGGGGCGACAGAUUAGAUGAUCUCAUCGGCAAGACGGAUGACCUCCAAGCAUCUGCCGACUCCUUCCAGAAAACAUCCACACGGGUCGCCCGGAAAUACUGGUGGAAGAACAUUAAACUGAUGAUCAUCAUCGGCGUAAUUGUGCUGAUUAUCCUGAUACUCAUAAUCCUGGCUGCCACCAAAGUCAUUUAACCCCUCCCCCUCCAAACCGCCACCAGACAAUCAUUUGCACACAUGAAUUUAAACAGCACGUGGUAAUUCAUGAAGAUCCCCGACGAUGCGAGAAUGGGAACCAUAACGUGCUGACAUAAAACCAAAACACUCCACAUUCAAUGCAGAUAUAUUAAAAAAAAUCACUUAAUCCAUGCUCAAAGAACGCAGACAAGUUCUUUUUGUUGCUUUUUUUAUUUUUAUUUUGAUCAUUUCAAUGUCCAAUAGAUAACAUGUACAUAAUGUAUGUUUAUUCAUGUCAAACUGUAAGAAUAUUUGUAUUAUAUGACUGAUGAUGAACACCAUAAAGCAGGUAAACUGUG